UACAAUAAAUUUGUUGGUACAUACUAGAACAAUGAAAUUGCAUAUUUUUUCAAUAUAUUUUGUUAUGGUGCUCACUUCAUUUUAUUUGAAAGUUGAAGUUGAUGGUGCUGGUUCUUCAAUUGAAUGUCCUAUUUGUCAGAAUACGAUAAGCGAAGAUAUUUAUGCACUACCAUGUGCACAUACAUAUUGUCGAGUAUGUAUAUUGCCAUGGUUACAAAGUAAUGAUACAUGUCCAGUAUGUCGAACUCGAGUCAUUGUCAACAGAGGUAUAGCUGCUCUCAGUGGUGCUUCAAUUGGCGAACGUAAUCGACAUCGUCCUUCAAUUCGUAUAGCUGCUCUCAGUGGUGCUUCAAUUGGCGAACGUAAUCGACAUCGUCCUUCAAUUCGUAUAGCUGCUCUCAGUGGUGCUUCAAUUGGUGAACAUGAUGGUGGUGGUUCAUCAAAUAGCGAACAUGAUGAUGGUGGUCCAUCAAAUAGUAUAGCUGCUCUCAGUGGUGCUUCAAUUGGUGAACAGGAUGGUGAUGGUUCAUCAAAUAGUUUAGUCGUUAGCAGUGAUGCUUCAAUUGGUGAACAGGAUGGUGAUGGCUCAUCAAAUAGUGAACAUGAUGGUGGUGGUUCAUCAAAUAGUAUAGUUGAUAUCAGUGGUGCUUCAAUUGGUGAACGUAAUCGUCGUCGUCCUUCAUUUCGUGUUGGUAGUGGCGUUUCUAUUGGUGAACGUAAUCGUCGUCGUCCUUCAACUCGUGAACGUGAUCGUCGUGAUCAUUCAAAAAAUGAUGAUGGUCAUGGUGAUGAUGUAAAAUGUCGGCAAAUGUAAUGUGCUAAAACUAUGGUGACCGUUAAGAAAAGAAAUUAAUGCGAAUUAAGAAGAAUGAAUUAAACAUAAUUUAUUAAUUAAUGUUAACAAUGUAUAAAUUUACCUAAAUAUAUGUAAAAUAUGCUUGCUAUAAAAAAAAAAGAUUGUAAUGUUAAAUAUUGUUAAUAUUAGAGCAAUUUGAAUGGCUUAUUUGUUUUAUUUUUAAUAUGUACAUUUUUUUUUUAUGUAUUUUUCUUUUAUAACAUUUUUGUAUUCAUUACUAAUAUUGGGGUUUUAACAGAUAAUAUAAAGUUAACAUAAUUCUACUCUAUAAUAAAACGUUCAACUAUAUAUUUUUAAUUAUAACUAUUCUACAAUUCAAUUUUCUUUUAAAUUUAUAUUUAGAUAUAUUCAACCUUCAGUUACUUUAACUAAAUAAAUAAUAUAUUAAUUUUACUUGUUGGGAAUUGGAGUUUCUUAUUAUUAAGUUU